CUCCAAAACAUCUUGACGCCUCAAGAAUGUCAAUCUCUAAUUGCUCGAUCCGAAGCGGUGGGAUACGAUAUUGCGCUCGUCAACACUGGCAGCGAAGGCUCUGGAGUUCAUAUCCCAGGAUAUCGCGAUGGUCAACGAUGUAUCAUUGAUGACCAUGCUGUCGCUGCAGAGCUAUGGAGACGAAUUCAGCAACAUGUCCCCACCAUCUAUCAGAAACGACCCGUCAUUGGGAUGAAUGAGCGACUCCGGUUCCUGAAAUACAGACCUGGUGAUCAGUUCCAGCCUCAUAUGGAUGGCGAAUAUAGGCGAACCGAUGGGUCUGGUCAUGUCACCAAGGUCACGGUUCAGUUUUAUUUGAAUGAAGGCUGUGAAGGAGGUGCAACUACGUUUUUAGAGGAACGGAUGGCGUGGGCCAAAACUGACGAGGAGAUGACUCUGCGCAACUGUGUGGCUGUGUCCCCAAAAGUUGGACAGGCCUUGGUCUUUCAGCAUGAUUUAGUUCAUGAGGGAAGUAAAGUUACACAGGGAGAAAAGUAUGUCAUCAGAAGUGAUGUUCUUUAU